CAAAUCUACAUAUUCUCUCUCUUUCUCUCAGUUUCUCUCACAAAUUCAGGCAGAGGGGUCUAUGUCUGUUUUCUCUCUACUACUGCUCCUCCUGCUCCUCCCCCUCCCUCUCCCUCUCUAUUUGUCUUUCUCUCUCCUCUGGAGAUUCGAUUUAAUCGCCGAUCUUUUCUAUUGUUUCAAUCUCUGUCCCCACUCCCUCUCUUCUCUCUUACCCGCAAUAAUGUUCCCAGAUUUUCACGGUAAGUGUACAAAUACUCUCUUACUCCCACACAAGCCUUUUUAGCUAUAUACACGUAAAAAAGAAUCAAAUUUCGUGUCUCUGUACGGACGCAUAUGGUAUAUCUCCGCAAACCAAAGGUGUGAACUUUGUUUCUGUUAAAAAAAUUUUUUUCUGGGCUCAAAUAAGUUCUGGGAUUGUUGAGUUCUUGGAGUUUUCUUAAGUUGUUUUGAUGCACUGGCUUUAUUUUGAUUGAAUCCCGUUGACCCAGAGAUGGAGGGGGAUGCAUUUUCUGGCCUUGGUAACGGGACCCAAAUAGAUGGCAAGGUAUUGCAGACAUUUCAGAAGAGCUUUGUUCAAGUACAGAACAUUUUGGAUCAGAAUAGGUUGUUAAUCAAUGAGAUUAACCAGAAUCACGAGUCCAAGAUCCCUGACAACUUGAGCAGGAAUGUGGGACUAAUCAGAGAGCUCAACAACAAUAUCAGAAGGGUUGUUGAUCUUUAUGCGGAUCUUUCGACUUCUUUCACAAAAUCCAUGGACGCUUCAUCUGAAGGGGACUCAAGUGGUGCCUUUAAAUCAGAUGGAAAAGCUGGUCACAAAAGGAACAGGCCUGGUUAGAUAUAGUUCAAAGGUUUAGUGCCUCAUUCUUUCUAGUGGACGGAGUACACAAGAAGAGGAUGCACAAUUGUGUUGAGGUAGUCAGGGGGAACGUGUUUUAAGGUUGCAUUACUCGUGAACUCUCUUUAGUGGCCCGUAAAAAAUAAUGGCUCAAAAAAUCUCUUAGAUUGUAUCUAUGUACCUGCAGAUCUAAUUGAACAAGUACUCAUGUCUGUAUCAUCUAAUCUUGUGGCUUUUUACUGGUGUUCUUCUAGAAUACAUGUUUCAUAGUAAUAAAGUUUUGAUCUUUGUUGAUAA